GGGCGGGAGUCGCCGGCCGGGGACUGAGAGGCGCGGAGCGCGCUGUCCUGCAUAUCUUUUGUUAUGUCUCUUUGAGUUCAAUACCAUCGUCUAUGUGAGAAGACGUGACUGUGAGUGGCGGACGAGGACGGCAGGACGACAGUACACAAUUUUGGCGACGAGGAUAGAGGAUUUGCGACUCUCCCAGCUUUAAGGUACAGUGCAGUCGGCUAAGAUGGAGGGGAUACGUCCGCCAGCUCCCUUGUUAGCCACCCCGGGCAAGCCGCUAACGUCAUGGUCUGCUUGGCUAUCAGAUUUUGAAGUGUAUGCCAUGGCCAUUGGAUGGACUGACUGGGGAGAGCAGAGGCGUCAGGCACUGCUUCUCCAUUGUGUGGGACAGGAAGCCAGGAGGCUGUUCAGGGCGGAGUGCCCAACAGGGGUCCCAAGUCAGGGCGGUGUUGAGCCAAAGUUUGAGGGGCGCGCUGCUACAAUGUCACUGGUCGAUGCCACUGUUGACGUACUGAGUCGUUUGUUUGAGAAAAAGUCAGAUGUGAUCACCGAGAGAGUUUUGUUUCGCAAAUGCACCCAGGGCCAAACCACUGUUCGUACCUUUUUGGCGAACUUGAGAGAACGUAGCCAGAGGUGUGCGUUUGGGGCCCUUGAAGACGAAAUGAUCAGGGACCAGUUCCUAGAGGGGUGCUCGUCUGCUCGUCUGCGUGAACGUCUCUGCAGGGAGGAUGAUCUGACUCUGCCUCGGUUGGAGGUUGUUGCCCUUGCAGAGGACCAGGCGCUGGAGCGACAGCAGGCGGUGGGACGCUUGCAGACUGCAGCUGCAGAGCGGGAGCAUGCACCGGUCAGCGUUGCAGCAACGGCCACCAAGCGGUACGCUCACGGCACGCGCAGUAUGACUCCACUUUCAAGACGGAAGGUUGGCCACUUCUGGCGAUGCUGCCCGAAGAAGGGGGAGAAGACUGCUGGAGAGAAGCCCGUCGCCAGCGUCCAAGUGCUGUCGGUUGCAGUGACGUCUCCAACUGAAGACACUCGUCCGUACAUCCAGCUGAAGGUAGCAGAGGUUCACAGAAUUCGGCUGGUGGAGGUAGCAGCACCAGUUCAGCAGAAGCAAGAAGCUGACGUACACUUGAGUGAGCCGGAAGACCAGGACGCCACCGGCGGCGGCGAGAACACUGCUGACGCACUGUCGCGUCUGCCAGCACCAGUGACGGAGGCAGCUGAUGACGAGAGCAUCACCGUAGCAGCAGUUGAAGCUCAUCUGCAGGCGGUGACGAGGGAGGAGCUGGUGUCGGCAUCUCGGUCGGACCCUCAGCUGCAGCAGCUGGCAGAGCAGAUCCCACGGCCGUGGCCGACGCGGUACGGAGACUGUCCGGCAGCUCUCAGGCCGUUCUACCGCUUCAGGGGGGAGCUUGGAGCUGUAGAAGAUGUCUUGGUCAGGGGAGAGCGUCUGCUGGUGCCGACCAGCCUCCGACAGCGUCUGUUAGCAGCAGCACACGAGGGACAUCAAGGAAUAGUCCUGACGAAGCAGCGGAUCAAGCAGCACUUCUGGUGGCCUGGACUGGAUGCAGCGGUGGAAGAGAUGGUCAGAGCGUGCGAGGUUUGUGCAUCUUCCGACAAGACGGCUACUCCGAGGAACGCUCCGCUGCACCCUGUACCGCUGCCUGAAGGACCGUGGGAGAAGGUCGGGAUCGACUUCAUCGGGCCGAUGGAGGGCGGAGGACAGCGGCAGCGGUUCGCCAUCGUUCUGGUGGACUACUUCUCCAAGUGGCCAGAGGUUGGCUUCUGCUCGAGCCCGUCGACGGAGGCGGCGAUCGAGUUCCUGGAGGUGGUUGCUUCCAGGGAGGGGUACCCGUUACAAGUGGUCUCUGAUAACGGUACGGCUUUUGUGUCCGCAGAGUUCACGGCUUACCUGCGGAGGGUCGGCGUUCAGCAUGUACGGGUAACGCCGUACCACCCCAGAGGCGCUGGAGCGGUGGAGCGCAUGAACAGAGUGGUGAAGUCCGCGCUGCAGACGGCGUCCAAGGAGAAGCAGGACUGGUCACAGGCGGUGCGCCAGUUCCUGAGGACGUACCGUUCGACGCCUCAUGCAACCACCGGCCUGAGUCCGUCGGAGAUGCUGCAUGGUCGUCAACUCCGGACGAUGCUGCAUGCACCCACGCACCCUCCGGGUAAGGUAGCGGCCGACAGUGCCCGUACCAGGGACCGUGUCGCUAAACGGCAGAGGCGGCAGAAAGUGUACUGGGACAGGAGGAACCGAUCUGUCAAACCGUCAUUCAGUGUCGGUGACUGGGUGAGGUACCGUGUCAUGCCUGUGCCCAGGAAAGGUAGAGACCGUUUUUCUGCUCCUCACAGGAUCGCUGAGCUGGUUGGACCAUCGGCGUACCGGCUGGACAGUGGAGCACUGGUCCACGCCGAGAGGCUGACUCGCUGGACUGGGUCGCCUCCGACCGGACUGGGAGACGCCGAGCAGCCGCAGCUCUCGGACCUUCCCGUCGUCCGCUCCCCGCCGGAGCCGGUCGACGAGCCUCCGGCUGAGGCCACGGCGUCGGCACAGACUCCAGAGCGGCGGCCGGAUCGUCAGCCCGACGUGCGGGGUCACCAUCUGCGGCACUCGCGGUGGACACAGCGGCGGCGACGCGCUCGCCGGCCAGUGAGACGAGCGGCUCCGGGUUCGAGGGUGCUCAGAGUGAUGGGCACCGCACGCGAUCUGGGAGACGUGUUCGUGCACCUGUGCGUUGGUGUCCGUAGGUGUACCUUUGUGUAGGGGGGAAAGAUGUAGUGUCUGGGCCGCCCGCCCGGCGGGGCGCUCGCGGCGGCACAGCAUGCCACAGGGGCAGACUGGCCAGCUGGGCGGCUGGGCGGCUGGGCGGCGCCCGGGCGGGAGUCGCCGGCCGGGGACUGAGAGGCGCGGAGCGCGCUGUCCUGCAUAUCUUUUGUUAUGUCUCUUUGAGUUCAAUACCAUCGUCUAUGUGAGAA